AUGACCUUCGCCGACCUCCGCGCGAUGCACGCUCUCAUCGGCGACGCUCUCGACGAAAUAGAGGCCAUCUAUCGCGAUGCGUCCUUCGACUCCCCCGCCUCCACCACCCCCUACGCUCCUCCUACCUCGCCCUGCACUCCCUUCCGCCGCAAACCUCCGCCCGAAGACGCAUCGGACACAGACGAGCCCUUGCUCCAUGACCAGCCUCCUCGCUCACCCAAGACCCCCCGUCGGCCUCGUCACAGCUCCUCGCUGGACUCCUUCGGCGGCAUGCUCGACUAUCCCUCUCUCGAUGCUCCCUACUAUCCCACCCAGUCCCACGACCCGGAGGAAGAAGGGCGCGAGUCCCUCGCGUCUCACCCCGAUGUCCUCGCCGCCGCGAAUCGGAUCGUAGCCGCCUGUUCUCAGAUCAGCGCGACCGUCCACAGGCCGUUCCUUACCCUCUGCGACGCUGCCAUGGGGUAUCAUUUGCCCGCAUGCUUGCGCUUCUUGGAAGCGUCCCAUCUGGUUGAGAUUCUGCGGGCCGCUGGCCCGGCAGGAAUGCAUGUACGCGACCUCAGUCGCCUCGUCGACGUCGACGAGGGCAACCUCAGUCAUAACCUCCGCUUGCUCGCCACUCAUCACAUCACGCGGGAAGUUCGCCCUAACGUCUUUGCCAACAACCGGAUUUCCGCUAUCCUUGACUCCGGAAAGAUUCCCGAAGAGCUACUGUCCAACCCUCAGACGAAGUACGAGGCCACAAACGGGAUCGCGGCAUUCAUCAACCUCUGCACCGACGAGCUCUUCAAGUCUGCCGGAUAUCUGGCAGAUUGUUUCCUUCCCGCACUUUCUAUGCGCGACAAACAGCCAAUCUCCCCCAUGUAUGCGCCAUUCAACCUAGCGUUCAAGACCGACUCGCCGUAUUUCGAGUGGCUAGAGCAACCCGGCAAUGAAAGUCGUUUGAAGAGGUUCGGUCCAGCCAUGACAGGCACCGCCGCGUGGGAGGUUCCUGGAGCCAUCGUGUCAGGUUUCGCUUGGGACACCCUUCCUGAAGGAUCCUUGGUAGUUGACGUCGGUGGUGGCAUCGGAUCAACUGCGAUGCAAUUAGCUCAUACUUUUUCGCAUCUCAAUUUCGUCAUACAAGACAGGCCGCAGGUCGUAGAGCAGGGUAUCACCGUGUGGCGCGAACGAUGUCCGGACAUGCUCACUUCGAGAAGAGCGAUGUUCCUCGCGCAUGAUUUCUUCCUCCCUCAACCAUCUCUUUCCUUCCCCUCGUCUACAUCUUCAGAUUUCGCAUCGGUCUAUAUCCUCAGAGAUAUUACUCACGAUUGGCCGGAUCUGUUCGUCACAAAGAUCUUAGUGAACCUUCGACGGGCCGCUUCGUCGGAGACCAAGCUGUUGAUCGCCGAUCAUAUUCUGCCCCACGCAUGCGCCGAUGACAGCGACGAGUCAGACACCAACGUUGACUUGCCAGGGCUCGUCCGAUCCUUGGCGCCUGAGGGGUCACCUUUGUUAUCUAACCUCGGCAAGGCAAACGCUGUCGCGUAUUGGCUCGAUCUUACGAUGCGAUCCACGUUCAACGCUCAGGAGCGUACACUCCGAGAGAUGUCUGUACUGGCUCGCAGUGCUGGGUGGAAGAUCGUAGCUGCCGUCCACGAGGAAGGCUCGCUUUUCGGCCACAUUACGGCCAUCCCUGUCGAUAUCCCUUCGGAGACUCUCGCACUCAUCGAUGAGGCUAAGACUGACAAACCGACGCGAGCAGUUCGUCCGACAGGAGGCCGAUCCAGGUCAAUGUCCGCCGCAUCUGCCCUCAGCGCAUCCAGCAGCAUUCGUAUGGACACAGGGUUCGGCACCCAGGUCGUGCUGCCCUCCGAUGACGUUAUCCGCAAGCCAGCCCGGAAGGAUCGACGGUCGUUCAUACCCUGGGCGAGGAAGAAACACGUCCCGGUCCCGGACGCGCCCGUCCAAGUCCUUACGCCCGAGAGCCUGGAAGCACCCAAGCCGGCCAAGAGGCGUCCCAGGCUCUCGUUCCUGUCGUCCCCACCUCCGACCUCGCACGACGCCCGCCCCUCGCAGAAAGGACAGCACGCUCGCCAUGGGUCGACCGUCCGGAUCCUGUCCCCCGAAGCUACCCGGUCUGCCGUCUGGCCGGCUUCGAGGGACACGUCCGAGAGCUCUGGGGCUGCGCUCGGCCCCCCGGCGUCCCUGGAGGUCUCCCCCCUCCUGCCCGCGCUCGAGCCCGCGCCCCCUACGAAGCCGAGGAUGAAACGGGCGACGAGCAAGCAGUCGCUCAAGGAGAAGGCGAGUCAGGUCUUCAGGCUCCGGAAAGCUUCCGCCGCCAGCUUGCGAUCGGCCUCUCAGGGAGAGUCUGCGGGUCAGGCCGGCUCGAGCGUGCGGCUCAAGGGCGUGGAGGAGAGCCCGCGGCCGAGCCCAGGCCCGACGUCGUCCCCCACCAGCGCGAUGACGGGCGCGCUGCAGCCCGCGGGGAGUGGGGAGGACGGGCGGAUGCCGAGCGUCGAUCUGACUUCAAUUUAUGACCGGUGA